GGCAACAAAAAAAAAAAGAGAGGGAGAGAGAAGCUGGAACUGUGUGCUUAACCAUGACACCUCCUGCCCAGCAUGGAUGUCCCUGCCUGGCUAUGGCCAGCCUGUGUGCAGCACCUUACACCCAAGGGAGGAGGGGCUGCCUCCAAGAAUGAAAAUGGGGAACGCUUUCCAGAAGGUUGCUUCUGCCUUACCCUUUGGCUCCGAAGAGGGACUGAGCUGCAUCGACACCGACAUGGAGGAAGUGAGCGCAGACAGGAUGCUGGACGUCAGCUACAAGAAGAUAAAGAGGUUUCCGUCUCCCAUCUGCUCCUUCACCUACGUGGAGAAGUUGUACAUCAGCAACAACCGACUGAGGGAACUCCCCGGUGAGUUUGAGCAGCUGGUGAACCUCAAGAUCCUAGCCCUGGACUAUAACAAGUUUGAAGAUGUGCCUAAAGUCGUAUGCACUUUGCACAACCUCACCAGACUCUACCUUGGCAGCAAUAGAUUAAUGACCAUUCCUUCAGAAUUCAGGAACUUAGAGAACCUCAGGUGUCUAUGGAUAGAGAGCAACUAUUUCAGAAAAUUCCCCAAACAGUUACUUGACAUGCCCAGUCUGAAAUCUCUCCAGAUGGGAGACAACAGGCUGAAGUCCCUACCAGAGGACCUGGUCAGACUCCUAACCCUUCGAGGGUUUUGGUUGUACGGCAAUAGGUUUGAGGACUUCCCUCGGGUGCUGUUGAAGAUGGAGUUUCUGGAGAUCCUCGAUGUGGAUAAGAACAAGAUCACUCAGUUCCCCAACAUGGAACAUCUGGAGAGGCUCAAGCUCUUUUGCUACGACCACAACCCUGCUAAGCGCCCCCCGAAGGUGGCAGACGGGGUGACGCUGGUGGGAGAUGGGGCAGAGGAACUCCUGGCUGCCAAAGCUCAGCAGAUCCUGGACAACCAAGAGAACCAGGACAACCAAGAGCCUCUGCAUGGAAUCCUCAAAAAUGGCUCCACCGCGUUGGAGCCAAAGAGGACCUACUCAUCCUUGGACUGUUCUCAAGAAGAAACGUGAUUUUGGGCACCAACCACCACCUAUGGAUUAUCACGUGUGGGAAUGCCC